AUGCAAUACUUGUCCUACGCCCUGCCGCUGGCUGCACUGGUCAGCGGCUCCUUCGCCAACCCUCUCGAGCGUCGAGGAGCAUGUUCAGAGAAUGCCUGCUUGGCCGCCGUCACUGGCAAAGCUGCUCUUGGUGACGGCCACCUCCGAGGUUCUCACUGCGCCAGCUUCCUGGCCACCACGGUGACCCCCCCUGCCGUCACCGUCACCGAGACUGUUACCGACGCCAGCUGGGCCGACUGGAAGGCUAAGCGUGGCGUCAGCGUGACUGUCUGCCCCAACGAGGUCCCCAACUACGCCAGCGCUUGCGACAAGGCAGCCUAUACCAGCGCCUGCUCAUGCUUCGGCUUCACCGAGAUCAAGACGACCACCCUUGCCCCGACGACCACGACCAAGACCGUCUACGUUGCUCCCACCGGCGGUGCCGCCCCUACUGGAGGCUCUCACACUGGUGGUUCUUGCGCCACCAGCACCGUCACCAAGACCCUCGCCCAUGGCACGACCUGCCCUGCUGGCCCAACCGUCACCGUCACCGUCACUCAGGGAGGGUGGAACUCGACCACGUCCGCUGUGACCACUACCUCGGCUGUUACCACCACCACCGUUGCCACCACCACGACUACCGUUUCUUCCACCCCUUCGGCUUGCAUCGUCACAGAUGCUCUUGCCAGCGGUAUCGUCGCCAACUUCUCGCUUCUGCUCGAAUACACGUCGUACGCUGGCGACGCAAGCCUCGGCAUCCCAGCUGGUCGUGGAUAUAAGCAGGAUGUCUCCGACGCGACUCUCGCCGCUGACUUCUCCGAUAUCUCUGACUCGAUCAACUUCAUGGCUGGUUUUGCUCUCGGCUCCGUGACCUUCGCCAGCAAGCAAGCCUUCGACUACGGCCAGGGUGUCCUCCAGCCCGAGGUCAGCGUCUCCACCCUCAACAUCUGGCACGACUGCAGCAGCAUCACCUGGAGAUGGAGACUGACCGCCAACCCGCAAGCCUACCCAGUCAACGGCAUCAACUACAUGAUCAUUGACGAGGAUGGAAAGAUCCAGAAGAACUACGCCGAGUUCGACAACGGUGCUUGGCUCCAGUCCUUCGGUCAACAGUGCGCCACCACGAACGUCACCGUCACCAGCCCCGCCGCCACCAAGAGAUGGAAUGUUGACAACACCCUUCUCCGUGCUCGUGGCUUCCAGGGCUAA